AUGGCAUUGAAGGAUGCUUUUGUUCCGACAGCUUCAGAAUCCCCCUCAUGCAUAUCUUACACACCACCGGGCAAUCAGGCUUUCUCUAUUCCUGUGCAGCUCUUGAGCUCGUUGCCUAAGUACUUGGGCACACCAUCUGAGGAUCCUAAUGUUCACAUUAGGGAAUUCUUGGAUAUUUGCAAGCUGCAAACCAUUCAGAACAUCCAACCGGAAGGACUCAGGUUACUUCUAUUUCCCUUUUCUUUAAAAGAUGAUGCAAAACGUUGGUUGUACUCGUUACCUGCAGGUAUCAUCACAACUUGGGAUGAAAUGGUUAAGAAAUUUUUGAAACAAUAUUUCCCCGCUCAACUGACAAAACGACUAAGGAGGGAGAUUCAAAACUUCACUCAAAAGGAUGGAGAUACACUAUAUGAGGCAUGGGAGGAAUUUCAAGAGUUGCAAAGGAAGCGUCCCCAUCACAACUUCAGUCUGAAUGACCUUGUCCAAUUUUUCUAUGAUGGGUUGGACAUAUCUAAUAGGGGCAGCGUUGAUUCUGCGUGUGGAGGCACUUUCAUGAAUAAAACCGGUCAAGAAGCAUAUAAUCUGAUUGAUGAUUUGGCCAACAACAAUAGACAAUUCUACAUAAGGGAUAAACGUACAAGAGGACGUGGAGUGUAUCAAGUUGAUUCAAGGAACCAAAUGGUGGCUGUAGAAAGAAAGCUUGACAUGUUAAUGAAUGCCUUAGGCAAUGGCAUUAAGGCAACACCUCAGGUAUGCUCUAUUUGUUCCUAUUCUGAUCAUACUACUGAUAGAUGUCCUAUGUUUGCUAUGUCUGAGGAACAGGUGAAUUAUAUGGGGCAACAAAGGCCUAAAUAUGACCCUUACUCAAACACGUACAAUCUGGGAUGGAAGGAUCACCCAAACUUCUGUUGGGGCGGUAAUGACAACGUGGUGUCUACAAUGGACCACCUAGAUUCCAACAAGGGGCCAAGCAACAAGUCUAUCAACAAAAUCCUCCUCAACAAUCCUCAAGCAAGUCCUUGGAAGAACUACUGA